GGGUCUGUGAUCUCAUGCUGUCUGUGGCAGAGGGAUGAAGAAUGCCAUAGUAAGCUAAGUAGAAAGUUCAGACGGCUUUGAAUUGUUGCAGGACAGAACUGAACCGAGUCUGCCUAUUCAGCCCAGAGGCGAAGGCAAGAGUGGUUCAAACCAUCAGAAAUGAGAGAGGAAGGAAGCACAUAUGCAGAACCGACAUUAUCCUUUAAGAGUAAGGAGAACCAAAACCAGCCAAUUAAGAUAAAGAAAGACUCCCUAUGGCGUAUGACUGCUAUGAUCCUGGGAACAGUAUGUCUUUGUCUUCUGAUGUCAAAUACAGUCUUGGGAUAUCUGUUUUUUCAGAGAACUUCUAACUUCAAAAUUCAAUAUGGGGAAGAUGCAAAUACAAAUACAGUCUCCUCAAUGAAAGUAGAAGGUCCUUCAAGUUUACCACCAAUUGCAGGAAAAGGCUACUACCCAUGUCACGGAAGAUGGUCGUGUUGUGGAGAAAAUUGUUACUACUUUUCAGAAGAAGAAAAGACAUGGGAUGAGAGUGAUGCAUCCUGUAGACGCCUGGGUUCUCACCUGGCUGAGAUUGACAACAAAGAGGAGCAAAACUUUAUUCAGUCACAAUUGAAUUACAGCUAUUGGGUUGGAUUACGUAAAAAUGGAAAUCAAUUCCAGUGGGUGAACCAGAAGGAUAGAGCACUUUCUUCAAACUUAUAUUUUCGCUCAACAAAUUCUGCAUCUGCAGAUUGUGGAUACCUCAAGCCAACGUACCUCAGCAACAGUGUGUGUAGUAGAUAUCUCCAUUACAUUUGUGAAAAGAACUUUACCUGCCUUGUUACUUUGAAGAAUUGGUAAAAAUCACAGUUUUUCUGUUUUUAUUCCUUAAUGGCUAUUAGUAAAAUAAAAUUCAAUAGCUUAGAGUAUUUGAUCCAAAUCAGUAAACUCUACGUGACUUAGGAAGCCUUAUUCUCUUGAAUCAAGGAUAAAGCAAAGAUUUUUAGGCAUUAAAUGAAAUAAACUCAAGAAGUACAUAUAUAUUUUAAAACGGCAAGAACCAGUGAAUGGAGAAAUAUGAAACACUUAAUUUGUUUGGGAAGACUUUGUACUUAUUUCUUCCAAUCAUCUAAGAAAAUGUAUUUCCAUAAAUGAGUGAUAUAUUUGUAUUACACAAAAUAUAAAUGAAAGCAAAAUUAUACUGUAAAACCAUUUAUUCUUUCCUUUCUUGUCUUUCCUACCACUUGUCAGACUCAAUUAGAUUUUAGAUAUCAUCCCAAGGAUAUCACAUGGAAAUGCAUUCUACUUAUAAAGUAAAUGUUACAAAUGCAUAAAGUUCAGUAUAUAGUUUUCUAUCUCAAGGGUGGGUUUUGUUUUCAUAUAAUGCCUCACUAUGUAGUUGUGGUUGGCCUGGAACUGAUGUAGAACAGACUAACUUAAAAUUGGUGGAGGUCCUCUCACCCUGGACUUCCUGAAUGUUAGGAUUGCUGGUGUGAACCACCAGCCUCAUUUUGCUUUUCAAUAUUUAGACAUCGCAGACUGUUUCUUGUCCAGACAUAGAGGAUAUGUAUACUUUUUGGAAGCAUCUUUAAUCAUGUGCUAGUAUGAGAUACCCCAAAAUGUGCUUGGCCAAUCUUUAUUUAGGCUUAUUCUAGAAUUUGCAAUUACAUGAAACCUAGAGUGAGUGAUGCUUUAUUCAGUUUUAUGUAGCACAGAGAGUAUCUCCAGGAUAAACCUCUGCUUCUGUUAUUUCUGUAUCAAAGUUUUACAUUUUAGCAGAUAUUCAAUAAACAGCAUUCACACUG